UAGUCGAGCAUUUUUAGAAAAGGCAACGACAAAUACUCUGGUGCAAUUGUUUUUCUUUUCAAUCUCCUCAUCCCUCUCACUUUUACCUCUCCUCUGAACCCGCCAUUGCCGUCAAUUUCUCAGCUCAUAAACCCUAAAAACCCAGCAUCAAUAUGAUUCAAACCCUGUAAACAUCCAUAAAGAAAGCGAUUACUUCGUCGUUUCUCUUCAAUUCGAACUUCUCCGAUUCGCAACACAUAAACCCUAAAAACAAUUUUCCGGUUGAUUCAAAAAGGGAUUCAAGAUGAGGAUUAUGAUUAAAGGAGGUGUUUGGAAGAACACCGAAGAUGAAAUCCUUAAAGCUGCGGUUAUGAAAUAUGGGAAGAAUCAAUGGGCUCGAAUUUCUUCUCUCCUUGUUCGUAAAUCUGCAAAGCAGUGUAAAGCUCGCUGGUAUGAAUGGCUUGACCCUUCCAUCAAGAAGACAGAGUGGACUCGAGAAGAAGAUGAAAAGCUACUUCAUCUCGCAAAGCUUAUGCCUACUCAGUGGAGGACUAUAGCGCCUAUUGUUGGCCGUACUCCAUCUCAGUGUCUCGAGCGUUACGAGAAACUUCUUGAUGCAGCUUGUACUAAGGAUGAUAACUAUGAACCUGGAGAUGACCCACGUAAAUUGCGUCCUGGAGAAAUUGAUCCCAAUCCUGAAUCUAAGCCUGCACGACCAGAUCCUGUUGAUAUGGAUGAAGAUGAGAAAGAAAUGCUCUCUGAAGCACGAGCUCGGUUAGCCAACACAAGAGGUAAAAAGGCUAAAAGAAAAGCUAGGGAGAAGCAACUUGAAGAGGCAAGGAGGCUCGCUUCUUUGCAGAAAAGAAGAGAACUCAAAGCAGCUGGUAUUGACCCCAGGCAAAGGAAGAGGAAAAGAAAAGGAAUAGAUUAUAAUGCUGAGAUCCCCUUUGAAAAAAGAGCUCCAGCAGGGUUUUAUGAUGUUGCUGAAGAAGAUAGACCUGUAGAGCAGCCUAAAUUUCCCACAACUAUUGAUGAACUUGAAGGGGAGAGAAGGGUUGAUAGGGAAGCACGCUUAAGGAAACAAGACAUUGCAAAGAAUAAGAUUGCCGAGAGGCAAGAUGCUCCAGGAGCAAUAAUGCAAGCCAACAAGCUUAAUGAUCCCGAGACAGUUAGAAAGAGGUCGAAGCUGAUGCUUCCUCCUCCGCAGAUUUCUGACCAGGAGUUGGAGGAAAUUGCACGAAUGGGUUAUGCUAGUGAUCUUUUGGUUGGAAAUCAGGAGCUUGCGGAAGGGAGUGGUGCAACUCAUGCUCUUCUAGCAAAUUAUUCUCAGACACCUCGACAGGGGAUGACACCCAUGCGUACUCCCCAGAGAACCCCUGCUGGGAAGGGUGAUGCUAUCAUGAUGGAAGCUGAAAAUUUGGCUAGACUGAGGGAAUCUCAAACACCAUUGCUUGGUGGAGACAACCCCGAGUUGCAUCCAUCUGAUUUUUCUGGUGUCACUCCAAAGAAGAGGGAUGUUCAAACUCCUAAUCCGAUGCUUACUCCUUCAGCAACUCCUGGAGGAGCAGGUCUUACACCGAGAAUUGGUAUGACUCCCUCCAGGGAUGGUAGUUCUUUUGGUAUGACACCCAAAGGAACUCCUAUCAGGGAUGAACUUCGUAUUAAUGAAGAACUGGAUAUGCAUGAUAGUGCAAAACUUGAACUUCGGAGACAAGCUGAACUAAAAAGGAACCUGCGUACCGGCCUAAGUGGGCUCCCAGAGCCCAAGAAUGAGUAUGAAGUGGUUGUUCGCCCAGCACCUGAGGAUACUGAAGAACCAGAGGAGAAGAUUGAAGAAGACAUGUCUGAUAGGAUAGCUCGUGAGAGGGCUGCAGAGGAAGCGAGACAACAGGCAUUACUCAGAAAGAGAUCAAAAGUGCUGCAAAGGGAGCUUCCUCGACCUCCAGUUGCUUCUGUUGAGCUAAUUAGACAUUCAUUGAUGAGGGCGGGUGAAGACAAGAGCUCAUUUGUCCCUCCUACUGACAUUGAGCAGGCCGAUGAAAUGGUAAGAAAAGAGCUACUGAGCUUGCUGGAGCAUGAUAAUGCUAAGUAUCCACUUAAUGAUAAAGAGCAAAAGAAGGGAUCUAAGCGAAGUGCUAACGGAGUACCUAUCAUUGAGGAAUUUGAAGAAGAUGUGCUGAAAGAGGCCGCUUCUUUCAUUAAGGAGGAGGCUCAGUAUCUAUGUGUUGCAAUGGGACAUCAGGAGGAGACCCUUGAUAAUUUUGUUGAGGCUCACAAUACUUGCUUAAACGAUUUGAUGUACUUCCCCACUCGUAAUGCUUAUGGUCUCUCCAGUGUGGCUGGAACUGUAGAGAAACUUGCGGCCCUACGCAACGAAUUUGAGAAUGUGAAGAGGAAGAUGGAUGAUGAUAAUAAAAAGGCACAACGGCUUGAGAAAAAGAUUGAUGUUCUUACUCAUGGUUACAAGAUGCGGGCUGAUAAAUUGAAGACACAGAUCGAGCUCACAUUCAAACAGAUGAACACUGGUGGGACAGAAUUGGAUUGCUUCCUAGCUUUGCAAAGGCAGGAAAAUUUGGCAGCUUCAUAUAGGAUCAAAGGUCUUUGGGAAGAAGUCCAGAAGCAGAAAGAGGUAGAGAAAACUUUGCAGAAACGUUACGGUGAGCGUGUUGCUGAACAGGAAAGGGUCCAGCAGGUCAUGGAUCAGUACAGACUGCAAGCUCAACAAUUGGAAGAAAUAGAAGUAAAGAAAUGCACGGAAGAGUUGGCUGCCUUUGUAGCUAAAGAGGCUUCUUUUCUGAAAUCUAUAACUCCUGAACCUUCAAGCACUACGGAAGUGGAUGAUUCAUCUAAUUUUGCAGUGCCUAAGCAGGUUGAGGAAGCUCCUGAAGUUAGUUUACAAAAUGACAUUCAUGUAGAUGGUGACGUGGCAUCAAAUGCGGAUAUAAAAAGUAAUUCUCUUGCUUCUGAAACUCCUCUUGAAGAUUCUUCUAAAGAGUCUGAAGCUGCCAAGGAGCAGAAUGUGGAUGAUAACACUAAUGUUGUUGAUGGCAAUUUGGAGAAUUCGGAUGAAGCUGCCAAGGAGCAGAAUGUGGAUGAUAACACUAAUGUUGUUGAUGGCAAUUUGGAGAAUUCGGAUGAAGCUGCCAAGGAGCAGAAUGUGGAUAACACUAAUGUUGUUGAUGGCAAUUUGGAGAAUUCGGAUGAAGCUGCCAAGGAGCAGAAUGCCGGAGAAGCUGUUGAAAAUAAUGGUUUUGUCAAUGGAGAGCCUGUAAUAGAGGCGCAGGGCGUAGAUGGGAAACUCGGUAGCCAAAUCAACAAGGCAGAAGAGGGGGACGAAACUAUGACAGAGGAUGCUGGCAAUCCUGUUGAAAGUGUGGAAAAUGGUGCAAGUGAUAACCUAGUGUGAAACUGGCUUGCAAAUUUCAGUAACAGGUUAUUGUUAUCUGUUGGAACCCACUACACCUAUAAAGGAGAGGUUAAAGAGAUGAUAUGAAGAGAUUAUCUGAAGUUUAUUGGGUUGUCAUUUUUGCUUGAGCGUUAUUCUUUUCGCGAAUAUGGAUGUUAAAACCGUGGAGCUUUCUUUUGGCUUCCAUCAAUCUUGAUCAUAUUACCAGGUUUUCUGCUGUUAGAACAAGUCUGAAAUAUGUUGACUUCUGUGGACAUAUAGCAUAUUUUGACCUUAUCAGAUGAUUUCUUUUGAAGGUAUAUCUUUUCCAGAAACAACAAUCUGAUUUGUGUUUUAGAAGUUGUGUUAUUGCCUGGGAAGCUGCUUGAUAAUGCUUGAAUACUUGGAGGAUAGUUUGCUUCAAUGUAACUGGUAAUACUCUGUAAUUCUAUAUGCAACUGUACUGAGAUAUUGCUUGAGCUGUGCCCAAGUUGUUCUAUCAUCUGAAUUUUGUUCUUGUUGAGUA